GUUAACACAUCUCCAGGGAGUUUCCUUAGCUGGGAAGUUCAACUUACGUAGGCUACGACACCUGUUGUGGAGCAAGUUGGCAGCUAACGUUCACCCAAAACCUAAAACCUGCCCUCUGAGCAGAGUAGGCUAAAGCAGUUUGGUCUGCUGCGCAUAGGAUCAGACUUCACUCAACACCAGGAAACUUUUUUUUUUCCUUUUCGCAGGAUCAUCCGGAAUCUCAACUGCCGACGGGCAGAAACGUAUUUUCCAAGCUGCGUUGAACACAUCUUUGCAGAGAAUGCCAGACUUGUCAAAGCACAAGUGAGCCUCUGGAUUUUAUAGAGCUGAAGGGAGAACGAAUGCAUUAGCGAACACUUUGGAAGGGGAGCAACACCCACCGCUGACAACUAUCUCUAUUUGAAGAAAACGUAGUACAUAUUUUAAAAAAUCCUCUAAUCCUUGCAUCAAAUGAAGUUUCAUGAACUGGUUGACCCCGGGCUUUUCCCUUAAAAAGGGAAUAUUUCUUUCGACGCUUUACCUUCCUCUGAUUGACGGAUGAUCUAACUUUGCUUGUGUGCAAAAGUUUCAGCGGAGUUAACAGGUGCUCCGCUCUUGCAUCCUGCUCAGCUUCUAUGACGUGCCUGUCCUGAAUCGGACGGUUGAGUGUAAGAGGAUACAGAGCCAAGCAAUGCAUUUUCUCUUUUAUUUUUUAAUUUUUUGAUAAAUUUGAAGGGAGACUUUUGGAUGGGAUUAUGUGGACACUACUUUGUGUUUAUCCUCUACAAAUGUGUCCAAAACAGGAUCGGUACUUUCUUCCAGACGAAGUUUGUGGAUGGUGAAAUACACUUAGCAUCGACAGACCUCAAGUGCCUAGUGCGUGCUGAUCAACUAAAUCCAAAUGAUCCUGUCAUUUCUGCUCCUCCUUGUAUCUGCAGUCCAGCAUCAUGCGUCGAGCGCUGAAUCCAGCCUUAGUAACAAGUUUCAACACACCAAUGUGAAGGAACAAAACGGAGUGCAGGAUUCCCAGCAUGAGAAAGUUCUCACAGUGUCAGGAGCUGGAACUGUUCACAGCCCGGACUUUCCCCAUACCUACCCUCGCAACAAAGUUCUAGUCUGGAGACUCGUGGCUGCUCAAGGAAACAUGCGGAUACAAUUAACCUUUGAUGAAAGAUUUGGUCUCGAGGACCCAGAAGACGGGAUAUGCAAGUAUGACUUUGUAGAGAUCGAGGAGCCUACUGAAGGCACUAUACUGGGUCGUUGGUGUGGAUCUCAGCCUGUACCGGAAACCCAAGUGUCCAAAGGGAGCCAGAUCAGGAUACGCUUUAUAUCAGAUGAGUACUUUCCUUCAGAGCCAGGAUUCUGCAUUCGCUAUUCCCUGCUCCCAGUGAAAGUUCCGGAAUCAGAAAGACCGGUGGCUCUGCCACCAUCUGUGCAGAGCGUGGACAUGUUAACCGAGGUGGUGUCUGGCUUCAACACCGUAGAGGAAGUUAUGAAAUACUUGGAACCCGACAGCUGGAAGCUGGAUAUGGAGGACUUGUACAAGCCGACAUGGCACGUGCUCGGAAAGUCUUACAUCCAUUCCAAGAAAUCCAGAGGAGUGGUGGAUCUAAAUCAGCUGAAAGAAGAGGUGAGGCUGUACAGCUGUACCCCACGCAACUUCUCCGUCUCCCUACGCGAGGAGCUGAAGAGGACCGACUCCAUCUUCUGGCCCAACUGCCUCCUGGUCAAACGGUGCGGAGGGAACUGCGCCUGCUGUCACGGCUGCUUCUCCUGCCAGUGCGCCCCCACGAAAGUCACCAAGAAGUUCCACGAGGUUCUCCUGCUAAGAUACAGGAGCGGAGGCAGAGGGCUGCAGAAGUCUCUGACGGAUGUGCCCCUGGAACACCACGAAGAAUGCAGCUGUCUGUGCAAGGACGAUUCGGACGGAUAAAAGGCGCAAUGGAGGCAAGCCUCUCUUCAUAGGGCACUUAACCAGAGAGACACGAUAGCGACGGCUAGCUUUCCUCCAGUCACCUCCGCUGUAAAUUUAUGGAUAAUUGGAGAACAGCAUGUACUCGCACCAGCUGUCCAGGCAUCAUCAGGUUGAACUGGGACUCGCGGACAAAUCCAGUCGCUGUGGAGUGCCUGGACUUUUUUUUAUUUUUUUUUUUUUAAAGCUGUUUUUUUGUGCAUUCCAGAGAGAGGAGGCUGACAGCGUGCAUUGCAAAAGAACUGUUAAUUAUUUGCUCUUUUAUAAAUCGCUGAAAGGCUCUCCUCUUGUUUUUCAGUAGCUAGAGGUACAGGCUGGUACAAAUUCAGUGGCAAUGUCGUCCUACUGCCUCGGCGGCACUGAUGGUUCCAGAUCCCCCCCUCCCGCCCCCUCGUUGUUUUCGUUGUUCUUUUUCCCUAAAACUAUUUUUACUUUUUUCGUUUUGUUUAAUCAGAACACGUGACACUGGAGUGUCUUUGAAAAGGAUGUUUUUUUGUGGUCUUUAUUUUUUUUUUUAUUCAGGCCGAGCAGAGCCUCCCCAUGGCCAAUCCUCUGUUGCUUCUUCACACCAUCACACAAUGGGGAGCCAACCGGCCUUACAACCAGAGAUGCUCUGUGUCAGACGCAAAUUAAAUCACUGUAUUACUGUUUGUUUGUCGGCAUUUAUGCUAAUUAAGAAGCAUCCUUUCCUUUUUAAAUGUUAUUUUUAACUGCAUACUCCAUAAAAUGUCUUCUUUUUUUGUAGAGUGUUUGCUUGCCACCCCUCCCCCAGCAUUGUCAUAUAUUUUUUACCGAAGUUAUUUAACAUUACUUGCUCUGUGUUACCUUUUAUUUUUUUCUCUCUGUUGUUGGUUUCUAUCUGUUCUGUGUCAUUGAAAAUAAAAAAAAACUUUGAGGUAAAUCGAAACAUAUGUGCACCCCUGAAGAGUUAAAUGUUUUUGCAAUUUUCAUCAGUUUACAGAUAAUGGCAGGGAAGUGUAUCCUCCUUUUCAUGUCAUGUGUCACUUUUACCUCUAAAUGUACUGCAGUGCCUAGAUUGUCACACCUCCUUGAACACAAUGAACAUAAUUUUGGAUUCGUAAGACCUCCAAAAAAAACUGAAUUUGUGGUUUCAGAGAUUUACACUAGGAAAAUCUUCCAAUCUGAAGAACAGGGUUAGAGGAGAAAAACUAUUUACUCCUCGCCGCUUCGCUGUGAGCCAGCGCCGUGCACAAAAGUGCCAAAUUCUGGGGAUGUUAGGACGGUUGGCACCAGGGCCUCCGCUGUACAGACACUUGUUGUGAAAGAAAAGCAUGAACCCUGUGACUGCGCCUUCGAGUCCUGGCCGCACCACUGCUGGUUAUGCCCGGAGGUUCACUCUGGCAAGGCAGCAUUUUGGCCCAGGCUCACUGGGGAACGCUUGGGGGUAAGCCGGCUAGGCUAGUUUCCUCCAAUCUCAUCACGCUCCAGCGGCCAAGUCCCGGGCACGAACCGAGAACACGCUGACCUUACGUCCUCCGUAAUCCUCCGGCUUGUAAUUGGUGGCGUGAAUCGGAGAAGUGACGUGCCUACGGCUCGCCCCUCUUGAAGCUG